AUGCCCUACUACUACUACCCGCACCCCUACCCGUACCCCUAUCCAGUCUAUCCCCCCUACUACACCUCCAUCCCCAUACCCGUCCCCGUAGCCAUAACAGCAACAGCAGUCACCACCCCCAUCAUACAGCAAAGCACAGGUUGGAACCCCAUCCAUGGACAGGAUCCCGGUCAUGCACCUCCGGGUUUGGGAGUUAAGGUUAAGGGUUUUGCUACUAGUACUUGUAUGGCGGUAGGGAUGCCGAUGGGUACUGGUGGGUUGGGUAUGGGUGUGGGUGCUGCGUCACUUCAACCUAAUAUGGGGAAUGCGAAUGCGUAUGCUGCAGCUUCAACUCCAACUCCCGAUCCAAAGUCAUCAUCUUCUUCUUCUCCAUCACAUUCCUCUCCCGCUCCCACGAAAUCAAACUCAAAAUCAAAAUCAAAAUCAAAUCCAAACUCAACAUCCGGUCCUCCGACUAAUAUACUCAAGGAUUCAAACAAGCAUGCGAAUGCAAAUCCGAAUGCGAAUCCGAAUUCUAAAUGUGGAUCUGGAAAUAAAUCAUGA